AGUUUUUGCUGCUCGCUGGAGAGCUAGCAAAGAAUGUACACUUCUGCAGCCAUGGCUUCUCUGCUUUCUCUCACACCAUCGCCAUUGGUUGCAAAGCCAGCAAAGUACCCAUCUCUUGCUUCUCCUUUUAAGGGACGCUUGGAAACUUUAGCGGCAAAACCAUGCAGCAUACCGUCUCUGAAAAUUCACCGAAUUAGUAGAGAGAAAAGACCCCUUGUUAUUCUCAAUCAAGCUGCUUCUUCCUCUGCAGUUGUUACCCUUACCACUGAGCGCUUCCGACUGAAUAAUCUGGGCCCUCAACCUGGUUCGAGGAAGAAGGCGAAGAGAAAGGGAAGAGGUAUAUCAGCAGGUCAAGGUGCUAGCUGUGGAUUCGGUAUGAGAGGUCAGAAAUCACGAUCAGGACCAGGUGUGCGGAAGGGUUUUGAAGGGGGUCAGAUGCCACUUUAUCGACGAAUCCCUAAACUCAGAGGAAUUGCGGGAGGCAUGCAUGCUGGAUUACCCAAAUAUGUCCACGUAAAUCUGAGGGAUAUAGAAGAUGCUGGAUUUAAGAAUGGAGAAGAGGUAUCUCUAGAGACAUUGAAGGACAAGGGUGUAAUUAAUCCAUCUGGAAGAGAUAGGAGACUUCCUUUGAAGAUUCUGGGAGAAGGAGAACUAAGGAAGAAGCUGACUAUAAAAGCUCGUGCAUUUUCAACAUCAGCUAAGGAGAAGCUCGAGAGUGUCGGCUGUUCACUCACCGUUCUUCCUGGCCGUAAGAAGUGGGUUAAACCAUCAGUUGCUAAAAACCUUGCCCGUGCAGAAGAAUACUUUGCCAAAAAACGAGCUGCUGCUGCUUCUGAACCAGCUUCAGCUUGAAGUUGCACCAAAUAUUUCCUCUGACAUUUAGAAAUUCUUGAAUAGAGAUGCGGAAUGAUCCCUCUUUAGGAAAAACAUCUCUCAUUGAACUUUGCUGAGAUCUUUUUCUUUCUCUUCCUCAACUUACUUUUUAUUUUUCAUUUUUGUAGUAUUGUUUGUUUCUUGUCCUGUUUCGCUUUGUAAUGUUGUCAAGUUCUGCUUCCAAAGCAAUGUUUUAUACCUAAUGAAAUUUGAUUCUGCCAGUGGUAUGAUGUUUUGGGGGUAGUGAUGUACAAAACUUGUUAAAAUUGUCCCAUUUUUUCAGCAGCAUAUUGCAAGUUGACCUUCAGAAAGAUGUAAUUAGUUUAAGAUAUAGUACGACGUUGUUUCUUGUUCUAAUGAAA